AGGUUGUUGAACAGGGUUUCGCAGCCCUCGUAGCAAUGGUGCAAGCUUGGGAGAGCUCUGCACCAGAUGAAAACAAGACACCUGAGAAGAGGUUCUGGCAGUCAGGCCAGUCUGCUAUUGCCCAAACAAUUUCAUUACUGUUACAAAAAGCUUGGUUGUUUCAAGCUGACAAUAUGGAGGGCUCUGCAUUACCACCUCUGUCAUGCGUAAACGAUGCUUCUGUGUUACUUGAGUUUGUCAUGAGUUCUGUCACUUGCAUGGAAGAAACUGAAAGUCUGAAGGUCUUUGAGCUGGUAGCUACAUGGGCUGACGCUAUUGCCAACUGGGACUCUUGGGAGGAGAUGGAGGAUCAGGGUGUUUUCAACACAAUUAAAGAAGCUGUCAAUUUUCACCAGAGAUUUGACCUCGACGGUCUCUUCCUGAAAACGCACUUUGUGAGAUGUCAUUCCACUAGGUAUUCAUUCUGUCAUGGUUCUGUUUUAAUACACGCAGGUCACUCAAGCAGAUCUAAAGUUAUUCUUUGAGUCCAUAUGUGGUGAGGUUGGUCGUUCUUUACUCCAAACACAAUCUCCCUUCUGUAUAGCUAAAAGUUUGCAAAAAUGGCACCAUCAAGAUCGGUCUGGAGACCAACAAGAUCAUGGACUUCAUCAAGU